AUGAGCACUCUUCAGAAUGCUUUAUUGAAAGAAUUUGAAGAUGAAGAUAUUAACGAUGAUUUUAUAGAUAAACAGAUAGAUAUUAAUACUAGUUUAUUUAAUAAUAAGGAAGAAUUAAAUGAAGAUGCAGAACAAUUCAAGUCUCCAGUUGUUACAAUGGAUCUGGUCAAAAAUGAAGCAACACUUGAUUUAUCUGAAUCAUUUAUAUCAACAGUUUUUACUGCAGUUCAAAAAAAUUUGAUAUACAAUAAUGAGAUUAAUUAA